AUGGAUUUGACAGAAUGGAUCGUCACUAUCAUAAUGAUGAUAGAAUUUCUCUUAGGAAACUGUGCUAAUUUCUUCAUAAUGGUAGUGAACGCCAUUGACUGUAUGAAGAGAAGAAAGAUCUCCUCAGCCGAUCGAAUUAUAACUGCUCUUGCCAUCUCCAGAAUUGGUUUGUUAUGGGCAAUGUUAAUGAACUGGCAUUCACGUGUGUAUACUACAGAUACGUACAGUUUUCAAGUGACAGCUUUUAGUGGAAUUAUCUGGGCGAUAACUAAUCAUUUUACCACUUGGCUUGGGACCAUACUCAGCAUGUUUUAUUUAUUCAAGAUAGCCAACUUUUCCAAUUGUCUAUUUCUUCAUCUGAAAAGAAAACUUGACAGUGUUCUUCUUGUGAUAUUUUUGGUGUCUUCUUUGCUUGUGUUUGCAUACCUUGGGGUAGUGAACAUCAAGAAGAUUGCUUGGUUGAGUGUUCAUGAAGGAAAUGUGACGGUAAAGAGCAAACUGAUGAAUAUAGCAAGCAUUAGAGAUACGCUUCUCUUCAGCCUGAUAAACAUCGCACCAUUUGGUAUAUCACUGACCUGUGUUCUGCUCUUAAUCUACUCCCUAGGCAAACAUCUCAAGAAUAUGAAAUUCUAUGGCAAAGGAUGUCAAGAUCAGAGUACCAUGGUCCACAUAAGGGCCUUGCAAACUGUGGUUUCCUUUCUCUUGUUAUAUGCUACAUACUCUUCCUGUGUAAUUAUAUCAGGUUGGAGUAUACAAAAUGUGCCAAUCUUCUUAUUUUGUGUGACAAUUGGUGCCUUCUACCCAGCAGGUCAUUCUUGUAUCUUGAUUUGGGGAAACCAGAAGCUUAAACAGUUCCUUCUGUUGUUUCUGAGGCAGAUGAAAUGCUGA